AUGGAGAUCUCCAAGAACCUACUAGAAGUUAGCCAAGGUGUGGCAAACUUCAUUCUUGAAGGCGAAAACGAUGUGUGGGAGAACAAAGCUCUAAGAUCUUUGGUCCAGGCCUAUUUCGACAAUACUAUCAAGACUUUAGAGAUUUUCGAUAAUGUAAUGGAUUACGUGGAGAAAGCAGAAAUGGGGCAACUUUACAUUCAAGAAGCCGUGGCGCAGUUUGACAAAGAGUCGGCAGAAAAGGAUCUUGGUGGAAAAAAGAAGAGGUAUGAAAAAACCUUGAAGAAUCUGAACAAGUUCAAAGCCAUGGGAGAUACUUUCGAUGGCGGCGAGCUCAUGAUUCAGUUCGACUUGAUCAAAAAGCAGCAAGAAUCCCUUCUUCAGGAUGUUAGUGAAGCUAAAACAAAGUUUCAUGAGGAAUAUGCUAAGCUAAAAGCAGGGAGUAUGAUUUCACAUGCGGUUUUCGGCGCUGCAUUUUUCGGUACUUUGAUUGGUUCGGUAGCUCUACUGAUAACAGGCGUGGGUAUACCUUUAGCCAUUGCGGGGUUUCUAUCAUUACCAGUGAUGGCGGUGGGAUGGUCAGUCACUCACUUUCUAUUAGAGAAACGGAUGGAUGAACUGAAGAAACUGGAAGAAACUUUGACGAAAGUGGAAGGAGUAUCAUCACUAGUGGGUAUUGGCAUAGAAACCAACGAAGAAGCUCUGAAGAGUGUAUCUGAAAUAGCCCACCAGCUAGAGAAAAAGAUCACGUCCAUUAUAAAAUAUGUGGAUGAUGCGAUUGAGAAUGAAGGAGAUGAGGUGGAUAUGAAACUUGCCCUUCACUUAAUCAAGGAGAAAGUAAUGAAACUAACAGAGAAAAUCAAGGAGGUUGGUGAAACUGUGGCUAGUCAUAGCAAACUAAUCCUUGAAGCGAGAUUUCACGUUCUCGAAAAGAUCAACGGUUCGGGAAAAUAUCGUCGCGGUUAA